AUGACAUUUCUGGUCUCGUUGCUUGGCAACAGUUUGGUCAUUCACGUGGUACGAACCACACCCUCCAUGUACACUUCUGUCAAUCUGUACAUUGCAAAUAUGGCUUUCUCUGAUAUCAUCUCUGCUAUAGUUUGUACGCCGGUGUCUUUGAAGAUUGUAUUCAAGGGGUAUUCCUGGAUCGAUGGUCUGGUGGGCUUGGUCCUCUGUAGAAUUGUAUUUUUAUUGUUUUAUUCUUCCUUUGCCUGCUCUACCUUCAACCUCGUUGCCAUAGCAGUAGACAGAUACCUGGCUGUCACUAAGCCUCUUUAUCGCUAUUCUUUCAGGAAGGCAAAGAUCAAUAUUGCUGUAAUCUGGACUGCGAGUUCAAUUCUAUCUAUUCCCAUCAUACUAGGAUACGUCAAUACAUUUAAGGCAAGGGAAAUUGCGCCUGGUUGUUAUGAUAUUGAUCGUGACAAGGCUUACAAAGUUGGCGUGACAAUCAUGGCGUUACUCUGUUACAUAAUACCACUUGUCUGUGCCACAAUACUGUACACUAUGACAGGAUGCAGACUACGCAUGCGUUCUAAAUCCAACAUUGGUGGUUAUUCACUACAAAGGCAAAUCCAAGCCAAACAAUCUGCUUUCAAAGCGACGAAGUUGAUGGUGACUGUCAUCGUAGUCUUUGCCCUGUGUUGGGCGCCAUUUUUUACCUAUCACAUGGUUAAAGCCUGGUACGAUGACAAACUGUGGUACAUAUUCAAAACGUAUUACAGACCUUUGUGCUUUCUUUUAGCGUCAACAAACGGGGCACUCAACCCUUGCCUUUAUCUGCUAUUCAACAGUAAUUUUAGAAAUGGUUUCAAGAGGGCAUUACUUUGCCGAAAAGAAACCGGACGAAGAAGCAUGAGCUUUGAGCUACGAUCAAAGAGAGACAGCACAAAACAACUGCGGUGAGUCGUUGGUCAAAAGUGGGAAAGCAAAACCUUUUUUAUGAAGACUUUUGGAGUCAAUAAGAAGUACAGUUUCACUACACGUCUGUCGUUUCUGCUACUUCUUCUACAGAUGCAGCACGUUUUCAUGCAGUCUAUUGUUUGAUCGUCGCCAACAAAAUUUACCGACCGAGAUCUAAAAAAAAAUUUAAUUCUGUUGAAUUCCGCAAAAGCUUGGAUAUUAUCCUUGAUUAACAAUGCUACUCAACAAAUAUAGGUUUUACAAUGUUAAAAAUUGUCAUUGACUCAAUCUUACAUCCUGUCCGACAAGUCAACUCCUGCKAAACGCUUCAACAAAUUCGUGUCAUUAAUUACAGCAAAUGCAUUCUCUUGAAUACUACAGUAUUAUUUCUUCAUGUGUUUAACGGUUUGACGAUUGGACUUCAGUUUUUAAUGUCUGUAUCAUCACAUUGUCAAAGACGUGUGGAUCCACGAGGCAUAGAAUAACAAAAACAAUAAAAUCAUAUGCACUAAGUUUCAUUUAAGACAUUAUUUUGGACACGCAGUAAUUGGCUUAACGCUGUUGCGGUCACCCUGUCAUAUAUAUCAUCCACGAGGCGAAGAAUAACAAAAACAAUAAAAACAUAUGCACUAGUUUCAUUUAAGACAUUAUGUUGGACACGCAGUAAUUGGCUUAACGCUGUUGCGGUCACCCUGUCAUAUAUAUCACAGUAUUUUUUUUCACUUAUUAUAUUUCCAGUUUAAUAUAUGGCGAAACUAAUAAAUAAAU